AUGGCUACGAAGAGGGACAAGAUUCUGGCAGUGUUUGACUUCGAUGACACCCUCAUAGACUGCGAGAGCGACGUCUGGAUAGUAAAGCUAUGUACAGGCGGAAGGGCUCCCGACUGGAUGUGGGAGAAACGGCGCAAGAGGCACUACAUGGAGUUUUUGGAACACUUCCUGCAGUAUUUACACGACAAUGGGGUAACCCCCAUGGACAUCCUCGACUUCAUGGCUUCAGUUCCUUACACAGAAGGGAUGGAAGCUGCACUGAAGCUCAUCGGAAAGAACAGUAACAAGUUUGACUGUAUGGUUGUGUCAGGUGCGAACGUCAUGUUUAUAGAAGCUACCCUCAAGGCGCAUAAUGUGGAACAAGCUGUCAAUAAGAUAUACAGUAAUCAUGGACGUGUUGACGACGAAGGGAGAAUGCACGUCUGGGCGUAUCAUAAACAUCAGUGCACCAUCUGUACCGCAGACAUAUGCAAGGGGGCUCUGUUGUCCGAGUACGUAAAAGAACAAGCACAGAAAGGCGUGACGUACACGAAAGUUGUGUACGUUGGUGAUGGCGUCAACGAUUUAUGCCCUUGUAAAGGUCUGGGACCGUCCGAUGUAGUGAUGCCCAGAAAGGGAUAUAAACUCAUAGAGAAGAUAGAAGAAACUACUCCUCAGAACAUAAGCUGA